UGUGUUUCAGCCAAUCACUAUGAUUGCCACUUUGUAAAUCUUGAUAAGCUUGCGAUAAAAUCUUCCACUUGAGUAGGAAGGCCUCAGUUGUGCAAGAGAAGGUUGCUGUAACACAAUGAUCAGAAGAUUGGCUGCUUUGAUUCUUCUAAGUGCAUUGUCUCAAACCAGAGAUGUUCCUGACCAGAUCCCUUUGACUGUGGUUAAACGUGGUGAUAAUGUGACUCUGACAUGUCCAGUCAUUGAUGAUAAAGCCGGGUUGUUUUACUGGUAUAAACUAAAGUUUGGAUAUAUGGUCCAAACAGUUGCAGCAGGAACUUUUAAGAAGUUAAAACUUGAAGGACAAUUUGACAAAUCAAGAUUUACAAUCACAAGAGGGAACGCUCAGUAUUUUCUUCACAUCACAAAUGUAACCAAAGAAGACGAAGCAACAUACUUCUGUCAAGAAGGAGCGUCAGACAAAAUGAAAAAUUUUAAUGGCGUAUUGUUGGCUGUAAAUGAUCAUAAAAUUCAGCAGAAAUCUGUCUACAUGAGACAAAGUCCGGACACUCAAGCAGUCCAUCUUGGCGACUCAGUGACUCUUAACUGUUCACUUCUCUUCAAGAACAAUACAAGCAGAGUCCAGUUUCCAGAGGAACACUUUGUGUACUGGUUCAGAGCUGGAUCAGAAGAAUCUUAUUCAAGUGUUAUUUACACUCAGAGUCGAGCUGACAAAGAUUUGAACGGGAGGUGUGACUACAGUCUGUCCACAACUAUCCAGAACUCCUCUGAUGCUGGGACGUACUACUGUCCUGUGAUCGCAUGUGGAGAAAUCCUGUUUGGUGAAGGAACUAAAGUGGAGACUAGACAAGAACUGUGCCCAUUCAUCAUUGUGCUUGGGACACUGCUGGCCGGCUGUGUGAUUGUGAUUGUCGUGCUAAUUAUCUUGAGAAAUCACAAGCCAGUUUGUGAAUAUUGCAAAGGAGGAGUAACUGCUUCUAAGCAUGUUGAGCAUGACAGGUCAGAUGAGAAUCAACCAAGUGAUAUGGAUGAUGAAGAGCUGACACUGAACUAUGUGGCGCUGAAUUUUCCCUCAAGACAAACUCAAAGAUGGACAAGUAAGACGGAGUUACCACAGGACUGUAUAUACUCUGGCAUUAGAGUCAAUCAGUGAGGAAUGAACAUCUACUACAUAUAUUGUUACAUACAAUAAUGUUCAUGCAGCUUUGAUUCCUGUUCAGGUGAAUUUUUACAGUAAUGUUAUUGUUAAAGAGGGCUUAGUUCAGGAUAGAAACAGUUUUGUGAUUUUUGUGAGUUAUGUUUUGUGAUGUUGCCUGGUUGAACCUAGAAUUAAUAUGUAUCAUUAUUUUUCAAUUUUUUUGUUUUAUUCUUAUUUCUUGUCUUUGAUCUUGAAUAACUGCUCAAAUUAUGAAAGAAUUAUGAAUGUAAGAAAACAUUUUUUGCCAUUAAACAUAAUAAAAUAAACAAAA